UUUACUUAAAACAAUUUAGCGUACAACUGACAGACCGAUUGUUGUUUGUUUUGAACUUACACGAACCAAAGCUCGUUCGCUUGGUCGCAACUUCCGGUCCCGCAAACCGUAAAUCCGCUUCAAGAUGGCCACCAUCAACGACCUGCCGAACGAGAUCCUUCUGCACAUCUUCACCUACCUCCGGUGGCGCCUGAAGCCAGUGUCCUGCGUGUGCCGCCGCUGGGACUGGUUGGUCGUUCCACGUCUGCGACUGUUAGUACGUUCGUGUGAUGACGUGGACCAGGGCGGGCACAGUUUUUUGCGCCGAUCGAACCGACAGUAUGAAAGGUUAAUGUUUUCAUUCUCUGGAAAAACGGACGAGGCACAGGCGGCUCAAGACCAGACGGCUUUGUGGGUGUUGAGACAAUUUCCUCACGUUAAGGAGGUUUACUGUAGCUUUGACGAUACUAAUUUGAUGCGAAUACUGAUGUUCCUGGAUGGAUUAGGCCCGAACGUCCAACGGUUGACUUUAUUUCUUUCUAUGUUUUCUCGAUUCAGUGGCGAAUUGGAACCAUUUGAGGCACCCAGUGAUACUGUUUCCACGCCAAACAUGCAAAAAGUUCUCUUUGUUAACAUGAAUGGUCCUCCGUCUAAGCUCAUCUACAAUUGGUUUCAACGGAAUGCACCCAAUGUUGAUGAAUUGGAAUUUCACAACUGCGACCAAGCUGAAUUCAUGAUAACUCACUACUCAGGACAAUUAAAGAGACUUAAAAUUGAGCACUUUUUCUCUCAAGCAAACUACAAUCACCUUAAAUGUCCAAAAUUGGUACAUUUUACCUUUGAAAUUGAGAUUGGUUCAGCUAGUGGAAAACCGAUUCAGCUUGAUGCAUUUCUCCAAAACGCUUCUCGAAUCCGUCACUUUGAACUGCGAACAAGUCCUCCAUGCCAAGCUGCGGUACGUGCAGCUAGCCAGCUGUCGAACCUUGAGGUGCUGACCCUGGGUUCUGGAAUUGAAACAAUCUCAUUUGAAGAACACGACAAAUUUGCAACUUUGAAGCUUCCAGUGGCCCGGAAGUUAACCAUCCUCAAACCCACGAGUGACCGGUUCUACGCUCGCCUGAUCUUCCGCGCCCCAAAUCUUACCCACCUCGUCGUAGAAAAGGAUAUCUUCCUCAACAGCGAAUCGAUCGUAUCGAUCUGCACCGGACUAAGGCAGCUAACCGACUUACGCCUCAAAAUCCACCCAAAGGCCCAACUUGCCCUGAAGGCGUUCAGAUCAAUUCAUUUGCUGAAAAAAUUGCAGCACUUUUACAUCAGCCUCGAGGACAUCACCCAGCAGAGGUGGCUCGGCUGUUGGUUCAAGAAGCUGUACGCCCCAUCGGUCAGCAUAGAGUGCGAGUACUGCUUCGCGACCCUGCCGCUGAAGGACUUCAAGCUGCUGCUGGCGAACCGGCGGACGCGCGUUCUCCAGCUGAAGCGAAUCAACGUCGCCGAAUGGCACCGCACCGGUAGUGUCCGGCGGGAGACUGCCCUGUUGCGGCCGGACUUGCAGCUGCUGUAUCUGGACCCGGUGCAGCGGAUGUGGUAUUGAUGCGCUUUCAGUGAGUAAUUUAAUUGUUUAGCUUUUCAAGCACUUUGACAAAUUUCAAUCUUUCAUCGUUCAUAAAAUGCAUAAUUUUUCUGCAGUUUUCAAUAAAUAAUACAAAAAUCGUUAAUGUUAACAUAAGCUGAGUAAU